AUGAAACCGACCUUUGGCGGUCAAGGCGAAGGGGAGGAGGAGGGUCCGUACUCAGAACGGGAGGGAGGGAGGGGGGAGGGGGCAGAGGAAGAGGAGGAUUUGUUGGUGUGUGCGAGGGCUUCCGAACAAGCAGGGGAGAAGGUCCAGGACUAUAUCGAGCAGCGCUAUAAUCACCCCAAGCUACCCAAACCACCAGGCCUGCCGUCACAGCAGCAACCACCAACCCGGUUCCAGAGUGGGGGGUCCGACAGCUGGUUGGAUGGUAGCGGUCUAGCUAGCGAGGCGAACAACAGCAACAGCAAUAAUGGCUUCAAUGCGUCUUAGUUAGGCAUUAAUGCUGCGCAGUUGAAAGAACAUUGGGGGAAAUGGAGGGGUGGAAAGACGCUGAAGAUAAAUAUUGC